GAGAGAGAGGAGAGACGGGAGGGAGGAGAGACAGACAGCCAUUGCCGAGGCUAUCUGAAGCAGGCUCACAGUACCCCUAAAGCCAGUUUCGUCUAGGGCCUGUCAGUGGAAUACAUCUUCGAGAACAGAAGAGAGCAGGAGAGAGGAGAGGAGAGGAGAGGAGGGAGGAGAGGCAGAUCAAUACAAGCGUCUCAUCAAAUUCUCCAUCGCUGUGCUCUCUGAGGCCUCGCACCAUGUCCUCUUCGGACGAGGAGACGCUGAGCGAGCGCUCCUACCCCAGCGAGCGCUCCGGCAGCCUCUCCCCCUGCCCCCCCGCCGGCUCCCAGGGGCCCCCCGGGGACACACUGCCCUGGAACCUGGCGCGACACGAGAGGCGCAAGAGGACGAGCCAGAACAGCGUGUUGGACCCCGCGGAGAGAGCGGUGGUGAGGGUGGCAGAUGAGCGUGAUCGAGUCCAGAAGAAAACCUUCACGAAAUGGGUGAACAAGCACCUGAUCAAGGUCCGCAAACACAUCGCAGAUCUGUACGAGGACCUGAGGGACGGACACAACCUGAUCUCACUGCUGGAGGUGCUGUCUGGAGUCACACUGCCUCGGGAGAAAGGCAGGAUGCGUUUCCAUCGGUUACAGAACGUUCAGAUCGCCCUGGACUUCCUGAAGCAGAGACAGGUGAAGCUGGUGAAUAUCCGAAAUGAUGACAUCACAGACGGGAAUCCCAAACUCACCCUGGGCCUGAUCUGGACCAUCAUCCUGCACUUCCAGAUCUCGGAGAUCUACGUGAGCGGGGAGUCGGGUGACAUGACAGCCAAGGAGCGGCUGCUGCUCUGGACUCAGAAGCUGACGGAGGGAUACCCCGGGAUCCGCUGCACCAACUUCACCUCCAGCUGGAGCGACGGGCGCAUGUUCAACGCAAUCCUGCACCGAUACAGGCCGGACCUCAUUGACAUGGCGCGUGUUGUGCAGCAGAGUAACCGUGACAACCUGGAGCAGGCCUUCGAGAUCGCCGAGUCUCUGGGGGUGACCAGGCUGCUGGAUGCAGAAGGUGUGGAUGGAGUUUGGGCGUGUCAAGCUUCCCCAGGGCCUGCACCCCAAUGACGUGGAGGAUGAGUGGGGCAAACUCAUCCUGGAGAUGCUGGAGAGAGAGAAGGCUCUGAGGCCGGCGGUCGAGAGGUUAGAGCUGUUACUCCAGAUUGCCAAUAAGAUUCAGAACGGAGCGCUGGACUGCGAGGAGAAGCUGACCCUGGCUAAGAACACGCUGCAGGCUGACGUGUCUCACCUGGAGUCCGGUGAGCCGGUGCGGUACGAGCAGGACGUGGGGAUCUACCUGCAGGAGUGCGAGGGGUUAAUCCGGCAGCUGCAGGUCGAUGCCCAGAUUCUGAAAGACGAGACGUACUACCAGGUGGAGCAGCUGGUAUUCAGGAUCGUGCGUCUGCAGGAUGAGCUGGUAGCACUGAAGUUGGAGUCCACCAGCCUGUACAGGAAGGGCCACUUCACCUCGUCCCUAAGCUCCUCUGAGCAGGGGGGCCCCCGGGGGCCCGGGCUCCUGACCGGGGAGGGCAGGGGUCUGUCUGCGGGGGCUGAGACCCUGCUGGGGGGGGCGCUGACCUGGCUGCGUAGGCCCCUGACCCGUGGAGAGCUGGUGGCCGUGUCAUCUUCAGAGGACGAGGGGAAUCUGCGCUUCGUGUACGAGCUGCUGGCCUGGGUGGAAGAGACACAGAUCGCUCUGGAGCGUGCGGAGUGGGGUACAGACCUGCCGAGUGUGGAGAAGCAGCUGGAGACGCAGCACGCUGUUCACAGCACUGUGGAGGAGCUGCAGGGCAGUCUGCAGGAGGCCCGGACCCACGGGUCCAAGGUCUCUCCCAAUUUCCGAAGCAGCUAUUCAGAGACCUUAAGCAAGCUUGAAAACCAAUAUUGCAAGCUCCGGGAGACCUCCUCUCUGCGGCUGCACUCUCUGACCUCGCUCCACGCCUUCGUGUCUCGUGCCACGGCCGAGCUGAUCUGGCUCAAUGAGAAGGAAGAGGAGGAGCUGGCUUACGACUGGAGUGAGCAGAACCCCAACAUGACGGCCAAGAGGGACUACUUCACUGAGCUGAGGGAGGAGUUGGAUGAGAAACAGGAAGUGAUGCGAUCGCUGCAGGACACCGCGGAACAUCUCUCCCUGGAGAAUCACCCUGCGAAGCAGACAGUGGAGGCAUACAGUGCUGCUCUCCAGACCCAGUGGCAGUGGGUUCAACAGCUCUGCUGCUGUGUGGAGCAGCACAUCCGAGACAAUACCAUCUAUUUCCAGUUCUUCAGCGACGCGCGAGACUCCGAGUCGUACCUGCGCAGUCUGCAGGACUCCAUCAAGAGGAAGUACACCUGUGAGAGGGGGAGCCGGCUGGGCCGCCUCGAGGACCUGCUGCAGGACUCCAUGGAUGAGAAGGAGCAGCUGAUUCAGUACAAGAGUACUGUGGCCAGCCUGGUGGGCAGAGCCAAGACUAUCGUCCAGCUGAAACCACGGAACCCGGACCACACCGUGGCCACGAGCAUCCCCAUCCGAGCCAUCUGCGACUACCGGCAGAUAGAGGCCGCUGUUAAGAUCACGAUCAGUAAGAAUGAUGAGUGUGUUCUGGAGGAUAACUCCCAGCGCACCAAGUGGAAGGUGAUCAGCCCGACCGGCAAUGAGGCCAUGGUGCCCUCUGUGUGCUUCAGCAUCCCUCCGCCCAACCAGGAGGGCACGGACACUGUGACCAGGAUCGAGCAGCAGUACCAGAACGUGAUGACUCUGUGGCACCAGCUUCACGUGAACAUGAAGAGCGUGGUCUCCUGGAACUACCUGCGCAAAGACAUCCAGAACAUCUCCUCCUGGACACUGGACACGGUGAAGACUCAGUCUGCGCAGGAGCGGCAGCAGGCUCUGGAUCACAUGACCUCUCACCUGUUGGAUUUCCUGGAGGACAGCAGGGGGAGUGAGCUGUUCACACUGACGGAGCGGCUGAGCUGCGAGGAGGAGGUGCGUCGGAGCCAGGAGCACUGCCAGGGCCUGCUGGAGUCCAUGGAGACGGAAGUGAAGGAUGAUGGUCUCUGUCGCUCCUACCUGUCUCAGCUCCAUGAUAUCAGACUGCACCUGGAGGAGGCGGAGCAAAGACUGACCCGGCGCAUACAGGCCCCUCCCACCGCCAUCGCCAGGGAGACGGAGGCCAGCCAGGACAGCGCCCUGCGCAUCGCCGAGCAAGAGCGGAUGCAGCUGGAUCUGGACCGGCUGCACUCUGACCUGGGGGAGGUGUCUCAGAAGUGCGUCAGUUUCUUCCAGCAGUCCCCUUCCUCUGGGACUGUGCCGGAGCUGAGAGCGGAGCUCAACCUGGCUGUGGAGAGGAUGGAGCGCGUGCAGUCACUGUCCUCCGUCUACCUGCACAGGUUGAAGACUGUGGAGGUGCUGGUUCGGAGCGCUCAGGCUGCUGAGAGUCUGGUGAAGAAGUACGAGAGCAAACUGAGCGAGGAGGAGAUUGUACCAGCAGACCUGUCUGCUAUACAGAGACACAGAGAGCAGCUACAGCUCUGGUGCUCUGAAGCCCGGGAGAAGGACCCGGUGUUGGAGGUUCUGGACGAGGAGGUCCGCAGGGCCCGGGAGGCUGGGGAGAGGCUCUUCCAGCAGCACCAGGAGAGGAGCCCAGAACUGGAGCUGUACCAGGAGAGAGCGGGCCAGCUGAGAGAGCGCUGGGGCAGCGUGCGCUCGCAGAUAGAGACCCGACAAUCGGACCUGGAGGGUAUUGCUCAGGUUCUGCUGGAUUACCGGGACCGGCACGGUGCGCUGAUCCGAUGGAUCGAGGAGACGACCGCACAGCAAGAGGCCAUGCAGCCCGGCCAGGCUGAGGACAGCAGGGUGCUGUCAGAACAACUGAGCCAGCAAACGGCGCUGGUAGUGGAGAUAGAGAGGAACCAGGAGAAGCUGGAUGAGUGUCAGACCCACUCCAAGCAGUACUGCGCCUCCGUCAAGGAGUAUGAGCUGCAGCUCAUGACGUACAGAGCCUUCGUGGAGUCUCAGCAGAAAUCCCAGGUGAAGAGGAGGAGGGUGCACUCGUCGUCCGACGCCAUCACUCAGGAGUUCAUGGAGCUGCGCACACGCUACACGGCGCUGGUUACCCUGACGACGCAGCAUGUGAAGUACAUCAGCGAAGCGCUGCGGAGGCUGGAGGAUGAAGAGAAAGCCCUGGAGGAGGAGAAGCAGGCGCGCGUGGGCCAGGUCUCGGAGCUGCUGGGCUGGGCUCUGGGGGUCAAGGGGAGUCUGGGGACCCCGGAGAGAGGGGACAUCGAGAGGUCACUCUCACAGCAACAGGCUGUGCAAGAGGAGCUGGCUGCUAGGAAGGAGGAUGUGGCGGAGGCUGUCAGGAACACGCAGAUCUUCCUGCAGUCCAAACAGGCCAGCAAGCUGUCCUCGAGGGAGAGGGAGCAGGUCACGGCUCAGCUGGAUUCCCUGAACCAGACCUACAGCCAGCUGUGCAGCCAGAGCAGCCAGCAAGUGCAGGAGCUGCAGGGCCGACUAGCGGAAGAGGAGGAUCGCAAGGGAGGUGCUGCUGUUGCCGGAGUCAUCGAUUUGGGCACAGUGGAGAUUUUCCCAGUUUUCCAAGCCAUGCAGAAAGGGCUGAUCGACCAGGACACGGGGCUGGCUCUCCUGGAGGCUCAGCUAGCCCUGUCCGGGCUGACUGUCCCCGACACCAGCGAGACUCUCUCAUUGGAGGAGGCGUUGCGCCGCAAAGUGAUCGACGAGAGGACCGGCCAAUCCCUGCAGGGUCUCCAGACAGCCCUGGAGCUGGUGGACCAAUCACAGCUCAGGAAUAAGAAGCUCCACCCAGUGGUGUCGGCUGUGGAGUCGGGGGUGAUUGAGGAGCAGAUGGGUUUGAAGAUACUGGAGCUGCAGGUUUCCGCAGGGGGGCUGAAUGCGGAAGGCGGGAGGCUGCUGAGCUUGGAGACUGCCUCCGAGGAAGGGCUUCUCACCCCGCAGGUCCGAUCCAAGCUGGAAGCCCGCUUGAAGACGCGCAGGGAGCUGAUUGACCCCAACACCGCGGAGAAGCUGAGCCUGUCAGAGCUGGCCCGUCGCUGCCUGACCCACAAGGAGAGCGGCUGCAGGCUGCUUCCGGUGAAGCAGCUGGCGGGGGGGAUGGUGUGCCUCAAAUCGGGCAGGCAAGUCAGCAUCUUCCGGGCGGUGCAGGAGGGACUGAUCGACCGGCAGGUGACGGUGAGGCUGCUGGAGGCCCAGCUGUUCGCCGGAGGGAUUGCGGACCCCCGUUCGGGGCACAGGCUCACCGUGGACGAGGCGGUGAGGCACGGGCUCAUCGACCAGGACAUGGCCUGCGCCAUCCUGAUCAGGCAGCUGCAGACCGGCGGGGUCAUCGACCCCCUGAGCGGCCGGAGGCUGACGGUGGACGAGGCCGUGCAGAAGGACCUGGUGGCCUCGCGGAGAGCCCUGGUCAUCCUGGAGUCCCUGUGGUCCUUCAUGGGGCUGCUGUGGCCGGAGACUGGGGAGAUCCUGCCCGUGGCAGAGGCUGUCCAGCAGGGGGUGCUCUCCACAGAGCUGGCCGGAAGGAUUUUAGGCCAGAGGAAGACCGUCGGGGCGCUGUAUGUGCCCGAAACGUGCGAGGUGGUGCCUUUGGAGAAGGCUGUAGAGCUGCUGGGUGAAGACUGCGUGGAGGUCUUGAAGGGGGCUCGCAUCCCGGACAUGAUGCCCACUAUGACUCUCUCGGGGUCCCCCUCUAUUAACAGGCUCAGCUGGGGGUCUUCCUCAUCCUCUAACGGAGGCUCGCCUCCGGCCCCUCGCUACGACCCCAAACCGGGCCGGACCGGAGAGCAGGUGGAGGACCCGAGGGCCGAGGUGGAGCAGAGGCUGCUCUUCCACCUCAUGACUCACAGUUACAUCAACGUGCACUCCGGACAGAGGCUGGUGCUGCUUGACCAGGAGCUUUCCGAGGUGGCCUGCGCACUGGCUGUGGCCGAAGCCGAAGUUUGCUCAGGGGGAAAAGAUGAGGCCGAAAUGGAAACAGAAACGGAUGAUCGUAGCCAGGCCAUCGGAUUCUGGGAAGCGGAAGAAAGCAUUCAGAUCCUUGGAAGAACCGCGCCAGCGCCAGGUUCGGACAUUGCCAGAAUUCAUGGAAAGGCAAAACUGGAAGAGUUGGUGUUGCAUGGGAACGUGGAGGCUGUGGAAAAGCAGACCGGGAAGGCGGUGGCGGCUGGAAAGUGGGCAGCCGAAACUUUGGAGGAGGAAGGAUUCGGGAAAGAGAAACUGAAAGGAGAGGGCAAGGUAGAUAAAUCUUCCAGGGUGCAGAGAACGGAGGUCAGAGAGAGACAAAAAAGAGAUGGGAAGUCGAAAGCAAAGAAAGAGGCAAUGAGGAGAGCAGAGGAGGAAUUGAAGAGAGAGAGACGGGUGCAGACAGUAGAAGCUGACGAGACAGAAGAGAAAGUUAUCCUGGGAUUUCAUUCUGCAGGUAGAGUUGCCACGGUCAGGAGUCCGUCUGCAGAGGAACAACGUGCACCUGUUUCAGGAAAGCCACAAGAAUCCCAUUCUGAACUAAAAAGAAUGAAACUGGACAAAAAGGAGAGGAAGAAAGCAGGAAAGGACAAAAGGGAGGCUGAGAAAAGAUCCGGCACAGACACAAAUAGAGGCCAGUCUGUCACUGACUGGAAACUAGAACCAGUUUUGGCAGUGGUGGAGAGUGAGGGUGCGUUGCAGUACACAGGCGCUGAAUGGGAGACCUUGAUGAUGGAACAGGAACAGAUGGACACUGAAACAGUGAUGCACGGUCCACAGUUCAUGAAACAAUUCCAGACCCAAUCAGAUAUAAAAGAAUCUGAGCAUUACCAGUCCGAUUUAAUACAGUCCCAAAGGGAGGUGAAGCAGCAGUCCCAGGCAGAAACUAUAAUGUCUUCCCAGUCUCAGGAUGUUAGGAAAGGCAGACGCAUCCCAUUGCUUGAGGAAAGACUCAUGAUUGCAGAAGAGGGUGAGGAUAGCGUGGCCAGGACUGUGGUCAACCAGGAGAGAGAGGAGCUGGGAGGAAACCUCCAAACACCCGUUACCCAUCCGCACGGAUCCAUCGCCCAGAGCUGGCAAAAAACACAAACUGCCUCAAGGGUCUUGCAAACCAGAACCCAGGAAGAUUCAAGAGCCGGGAAACCAAUCGCUGCCUCCUCGUCAACAGACACACAAACCACGGGACCACCGACUGCUUCGGAAUCGGGCACAGUGGACUCGGACGAGGAGACUGUCCUUGAAGUCCUGGCCUCCCAGCUCCGAGAGGGAGGCAUCGUUCACAAGAAGCCGGGGGCCGGGGGAGAAGGGAGGAAGCUGCUGCUGGACGAGGCUCUGUCUCUGGGGGUGCUGCAGGGCCACACCGUGGUCAGACUGAUGGAGAAGCUGGGGCUCUUCGGGGGCUUCUUCGACUCGGAGGUCUGCGAGGUGCUGAGUGUGGACGAGGUGCUGGAGGAAGGCCUGAUGGACGAGGAGCUGAUGCAGAAGGUCUUGAGGUCGGAGAAAUCCAUCUCGGGGGUCUUCGACGCCAGCAGUGGAGGGAGCCUGUGUACGGUGCAGGAGGCUUCCCGGAGCGGGCUGCUGGACCAGGAGACGGCCGCGAGACUCCUGGAAGGCCAGGUGGCCUCCGGAGGGAUCGUGGACCUGAGGAGAGGGAAGAAAGUCUCGGUCACCCUGGCCUCCAAACUGGGGCUCGUCGAGGAAGGGACCCUGCGGGAGGAUCUGAUGAAGCUGGAGAAAGCUUACAAGGGCAAAGGCGUGGAGAGGGAGACUGGGCUGAGGAAACUGGAGCUGCAGGCGGAGAUGGAAGGAGCCCUGGACCCUGAGACUAAAGAGCCUGUCCCACUGAGCCAGGCUAUAGAGAGGGGGCUGGUGGACAGGGAGCAAGCCUCGCAGGUCCUGGCCAGGCAGGUUGCCGAUGGGGGGAUCAUUCACCACGGCUCUGGGAUGAGGCUGUCCGUAGAGGAUGCGUUGGAUCGAGGGCUGAUCGACAGGGACUCGGCUCAGGAGCUGGUAGAGGUGGAAAAGGCCUGCAGACAGCAGUACGUCCAUCCAGAGACCAAGGAGCGGAUUGCCUUGCCACAGGCCACGGCUCUGGGACUGGUCGACAGGGAUUUAUCCAACAGGGUUCAAGAAAUCCAGGCGAUGAGCGGCGGCUGUAGAGACCCGGACACAGGGGCGAGGCUCAGCCUCACGGAGGCAGUGCAGCGGGGGAUGCUGGAGAAGCCGGUGGUGGAUAAAGCCAUGGCCUCGCCGGCUAUGCAGUGCUGCGUCCUGGAUCCCGAAAGGGCGACGGCCGUGCCCUACUCGGAGAUCGUGAACAGGGCCAGGAUCGACAUCGAGACCGGGCAGAGGUUCCUGCGUGUCGGGCCUUUCAGAGGAAUCAGAGACGACGUCACCGGCGACCUCAUUCCCGUUUCCCUGGCGAUGAAAGCGGGGAGAAUCGACCCGGUCCCUGCGCUGAGGAUCCUGCAAAGCCAAGCGGACUCCGGAGGGAUCAUCGACAUCACCACGGGCGACCGGCUGCCCCUGGCCGCUGCUCUCCGGCAGGGAUUGGUCACUGAAGACAUGGCAAAGCUGAUCGCGACCAAUCAGCUGACGGCAGGGGGGAUCGUAUCCCCUGUCUCCGGGGAGAGAACCGUCAAUCUUGAAGAGGCGGAGGCCAAAGGUCUGAUCACAAAGGAAAUGGCCACAGUCAUUCAGAGUAACGUGGGGAAUCUGGAAGAAAGCGAGGAAGGCGAGCGAGUCCUUGAGCAAGAUGAGGAAUCGCAGGCCCCAAACGGGACAUCCCAAGGGGACAGAGGAGCUGAGACGCCGGCUUAUUCCAGUAAAGACUUUUCCAGCCCGGACAGCAUGACUCACAAGCAGGCAGACGUACAAGCGUUCCCUCCUGGCACCCCAGAACGCUGCGCAGACACCAGCAUCAAGGACAGUCCAAGCCACCCGGACCCCCCGUUAAUAACGGGGCGCACAGGAGACAGAGCAGAAAACGAUACCUUCCUGUUGUUCACAUCUGCACAGACUCCUGUGGAGGAGGAAUUUGCGGAAAUGGAAGUAACCAGCACUGAGGCUAAGGAAAGCUGCCUCGUACUGAAACAGGAUGUUACUGUCGAUUAUGAACGACUGGGAGAUGAAACCCAGGAGGACGUCAGCGACUCGGGCGAGAGAGCAGAGGCAGGGUUAAAGACUCUGAUGCCGGUACGUGAAGCAGAGGAAGGGCUGUUGGAGGCGAGUCGCUUCAGAAGGGAAGCUGAUGAGCCAGUUUCCAUGGAACUGGAGACACAGCAGCUGCAGCUACUCUACCAGCAAGCAGUGCAUCAGAAAAUAAAGACCAAGCCCAGCCCGACGGCCUCCUCCGAUCGUACAGAGGGUUUGGGGACUAGAACGUCUGUUGCAGAGAACGUCAUUCAAGUGAAAGAGUCGGAGGAAGCUGCAGAACGAGGUCGUGAAAGCACGGAGGUGCAGAGCACGCUGGAGGAUGGGGAGGGAGAAGUGCAGACCCAGAUCACAGUCUCUGAUAGAGGAGUAGUUAUCACCGAGGGGAAACAGGCAGGUGAUAGACCACUUGUGCAGGGAGAACUGGAGAGUGAGGUUCUAAAAACAGAGAACGAUGCUCACGGAAGAGAUGAUACUGAUAGGAAAGGUGAGGACAAGGAACAUCUAGAGAAAGAAAGAGGUGCAGGUUUGGAAGCAAGUGAACAGAUACAGACCCGGGUUCAAACCGAGAGCAGGUUAUUUGGGAUGGUAGAGGGUUCAGUGAUCCUAGAUAGAGGAAUGGGUUUCAUUGUCGUUGAUAGACCACUUGCAGAGGAAGUGAAAAGGGAGACAGAUGGAGAGCAGACAGAGAACAGGGUCACUUACACAUCCAACAUAGCAGGGGUCCAGGGAGACUUGAGGAUAGGAGGUGACGACACACCACUUUCAGAGGAUAUGGGGGCUGUAGGUUUGGAAAUUCAGGGACAGGCGCAAACCAAGCUCGGAGACAAACCUGCCAAAGCUAAACUUUACAGCGCAUCGGUAGGCUUGGGUGAGAGAGAGGGUAGAGGUGGGGUCAGGGAAAUGGAGGCAGAAGAUGAUGGACCACUUUCGGAGGAAGUGAGUCAGGCUGGUUCAGUAACUCAGGAAGCGAUGAGAAUGGAAGUCCAGCAGGUUUCAACAGCAGAGGAUGCAGCUCUUGCAGAGGAAGCGAGCAGCGGUUUAGAAGGAGAGAGGAACGUGGAGCCCAGUUCCAAAGAACGCAAGGAGAGGGAAGCCCUUCUCCUGAAGGCCAAGGAGAGCAUCCGGAGAAAAGUGUACGAGCGAGCGGUGAGCGAGAAGCAGGCGGCCGAGGAGCUGGAGGCGAUGAGGAGAGGAGCCGGGCUGAAGGAGAGAGGACUCGGGUUCGAGGGAGAGGGGCUAGUCGCUCAAGGGGAAGGACAGGUUGCUACGGAGGUGGAGAAGAAAAAGGAGUCUGUGCCAACCUCUAGAGGGACUCUGGAGUCUCCACAGAAGAGGCUGGAUAUUGCAGGAGAGAAGCUGGAGAUGAAAUACGACAACGGGAGAACAAGAGGGGACGCUAAAUCAGAAACUGCGAGGGACUCGCUUGAGCUUCCCGUUGAGUCACUGGAGAAAGCGCAUGAUGAGUCGUCCAUUGAUGGAGACCUGAGAGCACAGACGGGCACCCGAUUGAAAGAUGCUACCAGAGAGCAGACAAAAUCUUCUGAAGAGGGGGGAGAAACUGAGACCAACGCGAUGGGAAUAUCCAUAGGGAAGCAAGUUCAACCCACCGAAGUUUCUCUGGGAAAGCCGGAAUUUUCUGGCAGAGAGCGCCAGGACAGGACAGUCGAGGUAGUACGGACCCCUCUGAAGGAACAAAGGACUGGCCAGCCAGAAUCUGAGGGGGAACCAAUCCCUCCAGAGAUUACCCCAGCAGGGACCUAUUUCCGGGAGCACCUCGGUGGCCCCAGCCUCUCUGUGGACAGUGUCAGAUUGGAAAGAGAGGACACGGGAUUGGAUUUUGUUGCCAGGCAGAGGCAAGGCAUUCUGUUGGACGCUGUUACUUCUCCUGAAGAAGAAAAAGCAUUCAUUAAAAUGGAAGAACCUGGUGAGGGAGUCAAACAGGCGUCAAAUGAAACAGAUCGACCCGAGACCCCAGAGGGUCAGGUUUCAGGAGAGAAGACCACAUCUGAGGCUUUGGAUUGGGCUCCUUCUGCACAGAAGACUCCAUCAGCGGAGGCCGCUGUCAAUGGAGACCAACUCCGCUCGAAAGAGAGCAAGGAGCUCCUACUGGAAAAGAUCAAGAAGGAGCUGAAACUGGGAACCAAACUGGAGAGGCGUCCGGAGAAACCAGUGGAGCAGAGAGAGGCUGGCCCCGCCACGGAGGGGGUCACAGAGAGACCCCAGGACACUGAACCCCAAUCCCAAUCCAGAGAGAUCCCAGAAUUGACGACCGAUCCAGUGGAGGGGGAAGAUGUUGAGACGCCACAGGGAGAGGGCAGGAAACCAGCGAAACUCAUGAAGCCCUCGCUCUCCCGUCAGCAGUGUCUGGAACACGAUGAGCGCUUGGUUGCCUUCCUCUCACUGGUCCUUCACAUCGAGCUCCGCCUCAAAGAGCAGCAGCAGCAGCCAAUGGGGAGCAGCAUCAGCGCCCUGCAGGAGAGCAUCCUCCAGACUGAGGCUCUGGACUCGGAGCUGAGCUCCCUCUCGGAGGGCGUGGCCCGUGAGCUGGACUGCGUGGCGAGUGUCGUGGCGUCGCCCCCGCCGGACGUUCCCGCGCAGCUGCUGCUGGCGCUCGAGAAGGACGCACGCAACCUGCAGCGAUCGUACAGUGCCGUGCAGGGGGUCUCCCAGGCCAGGCUGCAGGGGCUGCGGACUGCGCAGGAGCAAGAGAGGUGUAAGCUGCACUCGGAGCUGCAGUCUCUGGAGGGCAGGGCUCGUGCUCUGCAGGGCUGGCUGGGAGAGACGGGGGGGGCAGAGAGUCCUGGGGACCCCCCCCAGCUCACACACAACCUGCAGCACUGGCAGGAGCUGAAGGCUGGUCUGGCAGAGCGCUCUGCCUCCCUCGACUCCAUCGCUUUCGAUAUCCAGCUUUUCAUCUCUGAGCGUGCCCAGGACCUCACCCCGCAGCAGAGCAGGCAGCUACUGAGACAGCUAAACGAGCUGCAGAGGUCCUUCCGCGAGGCGUCAGGGCACGUGGCCACCAGGACUGAGGCGCUGCUCACCGCCGCGGCGCACGAGAGAGAAACGGAGAAAGAGACGAAGGCGGUUCAGCAGCAGCAGCAGGAGUGUGCUCGGAAGCUGGACGAGCUGGCUCUCUGGUUGGCUGAGGCAUCCAGCACAGUGACCAAUCGGCAGGCAGAGUCCGGCGGCGUCGAUGAUGUCACCAGCCUGCAGCAGAAACAGAGCGACGUCAAGGCUCUGCAGAGUGAUAUCCAGUCCCGCUCUGACAGUGUUGUGGAGCUCAUCAAGUCCACGGAGGAGUUCCUGUCGGAGAGCGGGCCGCGCCUGUCCCCUGGGGAUCGCGCUGCGAUGGAGAGGAAGCUGAGCGCCGCGCGGGGGCAGUACGCAACGCUGAGAGAGAGCUCGCAGGCCGUGCAGAGAGAGCUGGACUCCGCGCUCAGCACUGCACUGCAGCAGCAGAGCCAGAAGGAGAAGGCUGCUGAAGAGCUGGAGGUGAACCAGAGUCAGAUCGGAGAGCUUCUGAGCUGGGUGUCGACCCUCGGAGGGGCAGGAAGCGCCCUGACGCAGGGGGGACCGGAGACAGCGCGACACCAGCAGGCCCUGGGGAGCGGAAUGGGGGCGAUGCAGACUGAUUCCUCCACCUCUCUGCAGCCAGAGGAGAGUCUGGAGUCCCAGUGCGAGAGGCUUCAGGCACACCACAAGGAGCUCCUCUCCCAGCAGCCAGCCUUCAUCCUGGCCACCCAGUCAGCGCAGGCCUUCCUGGACCGGCAUGGCGAGAGCCUGGCCCCGGGGGAGAAGGAGAGGCUGAGCUCGGACCUGGCCAGCCUGCGCGCUCAGUACGAGGGCCGGCUGUCCCGCUGCGAGGCCCAGCUCAAGAGAGUCGCGGGGCUGAGGGAGGAGCUGGACAAGUUCCUGACGGAGCACGGGGAGUUCUCCUCCUGGCUGGAACUGAGCGAGCAGGAGCUGCGUUCCCUGGGGGAAGGGCAGAGCGACGCGCAGGGCCUGCGGGACAGAGCCCAGCGGCACAGGAAGUUCUCGGAGGACGUCAUCUGCCACAAAGCGGACCUGAGGUUCAUCACCAUCUCGGGGCAGAAGGUUCUGGACGCGGCCGGUGCUGGUUCUGGUACCGGCGAGGGGGAGCCUGAACUGGACCCCUCUUCCACCAGACUGCUGGUUCAGGGGAAGCUGCAGGACGCUACUGAUAGAUUCUCUCAUCUGCACGCCAAGUGCUCCGAGCUGGGCUCCCACCUGACCCGGGUCCUGGAGCGGUACCAGCAGUACCAGGACGAGACGGGCUCACUGGAGACGUGGCUACUGGGACAGGAGCAGAACUGCGAGAGGCUGCUGAGCGAUACCACCGACCCAGAGAGCCUGCAGAGACAGCUGAACAUGACCAAGGAUCUGCAGGGAGAGCUGGAGGAUCACCUGGCGCAGGUAGAGAGGUUGAAGCGAGCGAUGAGCGCCCUACUGGAGAGCGAGGAGCAGCCCAGACUGAGCCCAGAGCCCAUCCGCAGCACCGCAGACUCCCUGCUGACCCGGUUCGAGUCCCUGUCCCAGACGGUGUCGGAGCGGUCCGAUAAGCUCCAGACGGCGGUGGCCCAGUCUCAGAGCAUGCAGGAGGGGCUGGGGGGGCUGCUGGACUGGCUGGGGGGAGUGGAGGGGUCCCUGCGGGGCCAGGAUAGAGUGCAGCCGUCCGCCAGAGCAGUGCAGGAGGCCCUCACGCACAACCAGAAGCUGGGUCGGGAUCUGCUGUCUCGCCAGUGCAGUGUAGAAGCUACACGCCAGACUGUGGCUCAGUUCCUGCAGACUGCAGACGCAUCGACGGCCACCGGCCUGCAGGGGGAGCUCUCGGAGCUCUGCCAGCGCUUCGGGGCGCUGCGGAGCGGGCAGGAACAGAAGGAGGCGGAGCUCAGGGGGGUCCUGCCCAAACUGGAGACCUUCGAGAGGCUGGCCUCGCAGAUACAGGAGUUCACCGAAACCAGGGGCCGAGCCCUGGGGACCGGGAGCCAGCCAGAGAGAGACAUGCAGGACUUCAACCAGAGGAUAGAGGAGCUGAGGGGAGAGCUGACCCAGGAAGCAGACAGUCUCAGCACACUCACAGAGCUGGGGGCAGAGCUUAGCGACUCAGGGGUCCUCGCAGACACACACCGCCUGCAGGACACUGUCAGAGAGGUGUCCGAGCAGUUCACCCGACUGGAAACCAACGUCAAGCAGAGAGCUGCAGAGGCCCAGUCCUGCCAGUUGCAGAUGGAUAAGUUCAGAUCGCUCGUCGGCGCCCUCCAGAGGUGGCUGCAAGGAGUGCGGGAGCAGCUGCCAGCCACUGAGCCAGCCCUGAGUACUGAGGGGCUAGAGACCCGGGUUCAAGAGCUGAAGGCUCUGCUGAGUGACUGGGAGUCGCAGGGAGCGAGGGUGCAGGAGAUGAACCGGGCAGGAUCUGAGCUGGAGACUCUCAUCAUCGAGAUCACGGCGCCCAGGAGCCAGAGCAGAGCCGGUCCUCCCCAGCUUCAUGGAGCUGAUGGCACCAGCAGUGUAAAUGGGAUCCACACCUGCAAAGACCUGACUGAGAUCCAGUGCUCCAUGGCGGACGCUGGCCGCGGGUACGAGUCUGUGGGGGCGGAGCUGGGGGAGAGGCUGGGGCUCCUGGGGGCCAUGCUGGAGCAGAGGCUGGGGGCCCGCAGGGAGGCAGCCUCCAUCGCUAGCUGGCUGAAGGAGAAGGAGCAGGCCCUGAGCCAGCAGCAGCUACACCAGAGGGGCUCUCCCUCCAAGACUGAGGCCGUGCAGGAGCAGGCCCUGCAGAACAAGGCCCUGCUAGCUGAGCUGGAACAGCACUCUGGGAAGGUGGAGGACCUGAAGCAGUCCCUCCGAUCCCUGAUCGAGUCGAACCCAGACUCCCCAGAGGCAGAGAGCUGGAGGAAGACACUGCAGGACAUCGACACCAUGUGGUUGCGAACCACACAGACAGCCUCUGAGCGCCAGGCUCAGCUGGAGCAGUCGGCCAGCAUGCUGGUCAGCUUCACUGCAGCCGAGUCCCAGCUGCGGCCCUGGCUGAACGAGAAGGAGCUGAUGAUGAGCGUGCUGGGACCCCUCUCCAUCGACCCCAACAUGCUGGGCACCCAGAGACAGCAAGUGCAGUUCAUGCUGAAGGAGUUUGAGACACGCCGGCCCCAGUUCCACCAGCUCACCCAGUCCGCGGAAGGCAUCCUGCAUGCCGCUCCUUCGGGGGCGGAGCCUGGCUCCCCGUCCUGCGAGAUGGUGCGCGAGCAGCUGGCCGCGGUCACAGGGAAGUGGGAGGAGCUGACCUCCCGGCUGGACCUGCGCUCGGAGCACAUCGACCAGGCCCAGGGGACCAGCGCGCGGUACCAGGCCCUGCUGGGGAGCCUGUCCACCAGGCUGGCCGCGCUGGGAGAGAGGCUGGAUUCGCAGGCGGCGCUCAGCACGCAGCCCGACGCGCUCCAGAGGCAGCUGGAGGAGACGAGCGGGAUCCGGGCAGAGCUGGAGCAGAGCCGGGAGGAGCUGGGCGAGGCGCGGGAGCUGUGCGAGGAGCUGAGCCAGCUCAUCGGGGAGCCCUACCUCAGGGAGGAGCUGCGGAAGAGGCUGGAGGCCGUCAGCGCCCCCUUCAGGAGCCUGGAGGAGAGGGCAGCCGAGGGCAUUAAUCAGCUCCAGAGCGCCCUCUCCAGCUCCCAGCAGUUCCAGCAGAUGUUUGACGAGCUUCGAACCUGGCUGGACAAGCGCAGGGACGAGCUCCGAUCCUCCCCUCCCGUCUCCGGGCUCCUGGGGCCCCUGAAGGACCAGCUGCAGGAGCAGGAGGACUUCCAGAAAGGGCUGAACCAGCAGCGGGGGACCUACGAGCUGAUCCAGUCCCAGGGACAGAGCUUGCUCCUGUCCGUGGGCCCGGGGGAGGAGAGGGGCACUGUGCAAGCUCAGCUGGGCUCCCUGAGACAGCACUGGGAGGAGCUGGGGAAGGAGUCCUCAGAGAGGCAGGGCCAGCUCAGGGAGUGCCUGGGGAGGGCGGAGAAGUACCAGCAGCACCGCCAGGAGCUCCUGCCCUGGAUCGAAAGCUGCGAGGCCAGGGCAGGGGAGCUGGAAGUCAGCCUGGACCCGGAGAAGCUGGAGAGGGGGCUGCAGAAAGCCAAGGCGCUGGGGCAGGAGGCAGAGAAGCGGAGGUCCCUGCUGGAAACCCUGAACGCCUCUGCGGACCUCCUGAUCGAAGCCUGCGAGGCUGGGGAGGAGGAGGUGAGGGACCAGAAGGCAGAGGCCAACCGGCGAAUGGACUCGGUCUCCGAGCUGCUCCAGAGCCGCACGGCCGCGCUUGAGGAGAUGGCGGGCAGGCUGAAGGAGUUCCGUGACAGCCUGGGAGGGGUGGAGAGGAGGCUGGAGGCUGCCAGGCACCAGCUGGAGAUCCAGGAGGCCUUGGGGCCGCAGGCCUGCAGCGGGAAGAGCAUGGAGAGGAUGAGGGCCCAGCUGGAAGGCCUGCAGGCCGUGCAGCCCCAGGUGGAGUAUCUGAGGGACCUGGCCAGGGGGCUGCUGGAGGACGCCCCGACAGGGGGACAGACAGAGGACUGCGCGCUGCUGGACAGGCAGGCCCGCGAUGCAGAGAGGGAGUUCAACUCAGUCAGGGAGAAGCUGGACGAAUGCUGCUCCGUUCUGGAAGGCAGGCUGCAGGGUGUCAGUCAGGUCCAGACCCGGGUUCGAGAUGCCUUCUCCCGGCUCGCUGACCUGGACGACGAGCUGGACGGGAUGGCCCCGGUGGCGCGGGACCCCGACUCCCUGCAGUCGCAGGCGGAGGACGUGCGGUUGUUCCUGUACCGCCUGAACUCCCUCCGAGCGGAGCUGCAGGGCUGCGACACGGAGGCCCAGCGCAUGCUGCAGGAGGGAGAGGGGGCCAGUCCUGACCUGCUGGCCCUCAAGAGAGAGCUGGAGGCCCUCAGCAGACAGGGGGCCAAGCUGGGGGACAGGGCCCAGGGCCGACUGGAGCAGGUGGAGGGGACCGUCCAGAGGCUGGAGGAGUUCUAUGCGGAGCUGAGGGAGGUGAACGCCCUGCUGGGAAUGGCCGAGGAGGGCCAGGCUGCUCAGGGAGUGGUGGGGAGCGAGGUGGAGGUGAUCAGCCAGCAGCUCGCCGACUUCAAGGUGUUUCAGAAGGAGCAGGUGGAGCCCCUCCAGCCUCGUCUCCAGCAGGCUAACGGGGCGGGACAGGGGCUGAUCCAGAGCGCCAGCAAGAACUCCGACACACAGGGGCUGGAGCAUGAGCUGCAGGAGACCAACGCACGCUGGAACACACUGAACAAGAGGGUUGCGGAGAGGAUCACGCACCUGCAGGAAGCCCUGCUGCAUUGUGGGAAGUUCCAGGAUGCCCUCGAGCCUCUGCUGAGCUGGCUGACCGACACCGAGGAGCUGAUAGCCAAUCAGAGACCCCCGUCUGCUGAGUACAAAGUGGUGAAGGCACAGAUCCAGGAGCAGAAGCUCCUGCAGAGGCUGCUGGAUGACCGCAGAGGGACGGUGGAAAUGAUCAAGGCGGAGGGGGAGAGAAUCGCUCAGUCCGCAGAGCCCUCAGACCAGGAGAAGAUCAGGAAACAGCUGGAGAGCCUGGGAGAGAGCUGGAGGGCUCUGCUGAGCAAGGCAGACACCAGGCAGUCCCAGCUGGAGGAGCUCCUGGUCCUGGCUAAGCAGUUUCAUGAGACCACGGAGCCGCUGGGAGAGUGGCUGAGCGCCACGGAGAAGAAGCUGGCAAACUCUGAGCCCGUGGGCACACAGACGAGCAAGAUCAACCAGCAGAUCACACAGCACAAGGCUCUCUCUGGUGAGAUCUCGGGGCGCUCCUCUCUGGUAGACAGGGCUGUGUCUCUCGGGGCCUCCCUGUCCCCACUCAGCUGCCCCUCGGACCGAGCCCGGCUCUCCGAGCUGCUGCAGGGGGUGCAGGAGGGGUACAGGGAGGUGCGGGAGAGGGCCUGCAGAAAGGGGGCGCUGCUAGAGCAGGCCCUGGCCAACGCCCGAAUAUUCGGGGAGGACGAAGUGGAGGUGCUGAACUGGCUGGCCGAGGUGCAGGACCGACUGGAGGGGGCGGCAGUGCGAGAUUUCAGACAGGCCGUCCUGCACAGGGAUCACUCAAUACAGCUGACCCUGAAUGAGGAGAUUGUGACUCGGAGGAAGAACAUGGACCAGGCUGUCAAAAACGGACAAGCGCUUCUCAAACAGACCACAGGUGAGGAGGUGAUAGUAAUCCAGGAGAAGCUCGAUGGUAUAAAGACCCGCUACGCUGACAUCACAGCUGCCAGCUCCCGCGCCCUGCGCACGCUGGAACAGGCGCUGCAGCUCUCCACGAGGUUCAGCUCCACCCACCAGGAGCUCUGUGACUGGCUGAACGGCGUGGAGGAGGAGCUGAACCAGAGCGGGGGCCAGUCCCCCUCCCCCGAGCAGAUCCCACGCUUCCACGAGAGACAGAAGGAGUUGAAGAAUGCAGCCACAGAGCAGCGCUUGGUUCUGGACACGGUGAACGAGGUGAGCAGUGCCCUGCUGGAGCUGGUACCCUGGCGGGCACGCGAGGGGCUGGACCGGCUCGUCUCGGAGGCCAACGAGAGGUUCCGAUCCGUCAGUGACAUCAUCGCACAGAGAGUGCAGCAGAUCGACGCCGCCAUCCAGAGGUCACAGAAGUAUGAGCAGGCAGCCGAUGCUGAGCUAGCCUGGGUCUCAGAGACCGAGCGUAAACUGUCUGCACUAGGACCCAUCCGCCUGCAGCAGGACCAGACCACUGCACAGAUACAGGUCCAGAAGGCAUUCUCCAUCGAUAUCAUCCGCCACAAGGACUCCAUCGAUGAGCUGCUGGCAACCAGGGAGGAGAUCCUGGGGACCUGCGGAGAAGAGCAGAAAGCAGGGCUGCAGAGGAAGACAGACUCCUUGCUCCGGCAGUACGACGCAGUCAGCCAGCUCAACUUGGACCGGUACGCGCAGCUGGAGCGGGCCCAGGUUCUGGUGAACCAGUUCUGGGAGACCCACGAGGAGCUGCUGCCCUGGCUGCAGGAAACUCAGACCCUGCUGGGCCAGCUGCCCGGGCCGGCCGUCAACCACGAGGCACUGAGGCAACAGCAGGAGGAGAUGAGGCAACUGCGUGAGUCGAUCUCGGAGCACAAGCCGCACAUCGACAAGCUGCUGAAGAUCGGGCCGCAGCUGGAGGAGCUGAACCCCGGGGAGGGGGAGAUGGUGCGGGAGCGCUACGGGGAGGCGGGGCGCUGCUACACAGAGAUCAAGGAGGUGGUGAAGCGCAGAGCCACGGCCCUCGACGAGGCUGUGUCCCAGUCCACGCAGUUCCACGACAAGAUAGAGCCGAUGCUGGAGACCCUGGAGCACCUGCAGUCCCGCCUGCACCAGCCCCCCGCCAUCCCAGCUGAGGUGGACAAGAUCCGGGAGCAGCUGGGGGACAACAAGGGGCUGGGGCUGGAGCUGGAGAAGCUGCAGCCCUCCUUCCAGGCGCUCUGCAGCAGAGGGGAGGAGCUGCUGGCCAGGUCACAGGGGCCAGACAAGGACCCCGCAGCCAAGGAGAUCCGGGACCGUCUGGACCGGCUGCGGUUCUGCUGGGAUGAUAUCCGAGCCCGGGCCGAGGAGAGGGAGGGGAAGCUGCUGGAUGUUCUGGACCUGGCUGAGAAGUUCUGGUACGACAUGACGGCGCUGCUCAGCACGAUCCGAGACACGCAGGACAUAGUGAAGGAGCUGGAGGAGCCCAGCAUCGACCCCUCACUGAUCAAACAGCAGAUUGAGGCUGCCCAGGCGAUCAAGAGCGAGACGGACGGGCUGCGGGAGGAGCUGGAGUUCGUCAGGAUCCUGGGAGCCGACCUGAUCUUCGCCUGCGGAGAGACAGAGAAACCAGAGGUCAAGAAAACCAUCGACGAGAUGAACUCUGCCUGGGAGGGUCUGAAUCGGACCUGGAAGGAGAGAAUGGACCAGCUGGAGGAGGCCAUGGCCGCUGCGGUCCAAUACCAGGAUGCACUGCAGGGGAUGUUUGACUACCUGGACAACGCAGUGAUCAGGCUGUGUGACAUGUCUCCUGUGGGGACCGACGUCAGCACCAUCAAACAGCAGAUCGAGGAGCUGAAGCUCUACAAAGUGGACGUGUACCAGCAGCAGAUCGACAUGGAGAGACUCAACCACCAGGGGGAGCUGAUGCUGAAGAAAGCGAUGGACGACACGGACCGAGUCAUCACCCAGGAGCCCCUGACUGAGCUCAGACACCUGUGGGACAACCUGGGGGAGAAGAUCAUCCACAGACAGCACAAGCUGGAGGGUGCUCUGCUGGCUCUGGGUCAGUUCCAGCACGCCCUGUCCGAGCUCCAGUCCUGGCUGACCCACACGACUGAAAUGCUGGACGCACAGAGACCCAUCAGCACCGACCCCAAGGCCAUCGAGAUCGAGCUGGCCAAGCACCACGUGCUGCGGAACGACGUGCUCUCUCACCGCUCCACGGUCGACACGGUGAACAAGGCGGGGCGCGAGCUGCAGGAGUCGAGUGCCGGGGACGAGGCCAGCCACCUGAAGCAGAGGCUGCAGCGGCUCAACAGCAGCUGGGAGGCAGUGCUGCUCAGGACUCAGGAGAGGCAGGGCCAGCUGGAGGCCGCGCUGCAACAGGCUGAAGGUUUCCAUGGAGAGGUGGAGGAUUUCCUGCAGUGGCUCAGGCGCUCUGAGAGCCAGCUCGCCGCCUCCAAGCCCACUGGAGGCCUGCCGGAGACAGCCAGGGAGCAGCUGCAGCAACACAUGGAGCUGCAGUCCCAGUUCGCUGCCCGGGAGGAGCUGUACCUCUCCCUGCUGGAUAAGGGGCACCGCAUGCUGCUGAGCAGAGAGGAACCGGGGGCCGGGUCCAACACCGAGCAGAACCUAACCCUGCUGGAGCACAAGUGGGAGGCGCUGCGCAGCAAGAUGGAGGAGAGGAAGGGGAAGCUGGAAGAGGCCCUGUCUCUUGCCACUGGUUUCCAGAGCUCCCUGCAGGACUUCAUUAACUGGCUGACGCAGGCGGAGCAGAUCCUGAACCUGGCCCAGCCUCCCAGCCUCCUGCUGGACACCGUGCUCUUCCAGAUCGACGAACACAAGGUGUUUGUGAAUGAGGUGAACACGCACCGUGAUCAGAUCCUGGCCCUGGACAAGGCCGGCGUGCAGCUCAAGUUCUCGAGCCAGAAGCAGGACGUGGUGCUCAUCAAGAACCUGCUGCUGAGCAUGCAGGGCCGCUGGGAGAAGGUGGUGCAGAGAUCCCUGGAGAGGGGCCGGGCGCUGGACGAGGCGCGCAAGAGAGCCAAGCAGUUCCAUGAGGCCUGGAGGAAGCUCAGUGACUGGCUGGAGGAGGCAGAGAAGCAGCUCAACUCGGAGCUGGAGAUCUCCAACGAUCCCGACAAGAUCAAACUGCAGCUGAGCCAGCACAAGGAGUUCCAGAAGACCCUCGGAGGGAAGCAGCCCGUGUACGACACCAUGGCCCGGUCGGGACGCUCCAUGAAGGAGAAGGCGAGCCAGCCAGAGGACCGGCAGAGACUGGACAACCUGCUGGGGGAGGUCCGGGACAAGUGGGACACAGUGUGUGGGAAAUCAGUGGAGAGGCAGCACAAGCUGGAGGAGGCCCUCCUGUUCUCGGGUCAGUUUGCGGACGCCCUGCAGGCGCUGGUGGACUGGCUGUACCGGGUCGAGCCUCAGCUCAGCGAGGAGCAGCCUGUGCACGGAGAUGUGGACCUGGUCAGCAACCUGCUGGACGCACACAAGGUGUUCCAGAAGGAGCUGGGCAAGCGCACAGGCAGCGUCCAGGCUCUGAAGAGAUCCGCCAGAGAGCUCAUCGACACGGCCAGAGACGACACCACCUGGGUCAAAGUGCAGCUGCAGGAGCUGAGCACGCGUUGGGACAGCGUGUGCAGCCUGUCCGUGAUCAAGCAGACCAGGCUGGAGCAGGCUCUCAAACAGGCGGAGGAGUUCAGGGCUGCGGUUCAGCAGCUGCUCGAGUGGCUGUCUGAGGCGGAGCAGACCCUGCGGUUCAGAGGGCUCCUUCCAGACGAGAGGGACAUGCUGCAGAGCCUCAUCGACCUGCACAAGGAGUUCAUGAAGAACGUUGAGGAGAAACGUGUUGACGUGAACAAGGCUGCCGGGAUGGGAGAGGAGAUACUGACAGUGUGCCACCCCGACUGCAUCACCACCAUCAAACACUGGAUCACAAUCAUCAGGGCUCGCUUCGAAGAGGUCAUGACCUGGGCGAAGCAGCACCAGCAGAGACUGGAGACGGCACUGGCUGAACUGGUCAACAACGCGGAGCUACUGGACCAGCUGUUGUCAUGGCUACAGUGGGCAGAGACCACCCUGAUCCAGAGGGACCAGGAGCCCCUCCCACAGAACAUCGAGCUGGUCAAGGAGCGAAUCGCAGAGCACCAGUCGUUCAUGGAGGAGAUGACUCGGAAGCAGCCCGACGUUGACAAAGUGACCAAAACAUACAAGAGGAAGACAGCGGGACCUUCAUCCCUGAGCCUGGCGGAGAAAUCCCGCGCUCGCAAGGCCCUGCCUCACUCCCCCAGCCCCCUGCAGCUCUCUGCUCAGUCGGAGUUGAAAAGCCCUCGGGUCACUCAGCUCUCCGCUCGCUGGCAGCAGGUGUGGCUCCUCGCCCUGGACCGGCAGCGCAAGCUCAACGACGCCCUCGACAGGCUGGAGGAGCUCAAGGAGUUUGCGAACUUCGACUUCGACGUGUGGCGUAAGAAGUACAUGCGCUGGAUGAACCACAAGAAGUCUCGGGUGAUGGACUUCUUCAGACGCAUCGACAGGGACCAGGACGGGAAGAUCACCAGGCAGGAGUUCAUCGACGGGAUCCUCGCCUCCAAGUUCCCCACCAGUAAGCUGGAGAUGAUGGCUGUAGCAGAUAUCUUCGACGGCGAUGGCGACGGCUACAUCGAUUACUACGAGUUUGUGGCGGCUCUGCACCCCAACAAGGACGCCUACCGCCCCACCACCGACGCGGACAAGAUCGAGGACGAGGUGACGAGGCAGGUGGCGCAGUGCAAGUGUGCAAAGCGCUUCCAAGUGGAACAGAUCGGAGAGAACAAGUACAGGUUCUUCCUGGGGAAUCAGUUCGGAGACUCUCAGCAGCUGCGACUGGUCCGGAUCCUGCGCAGCACGGUGAUGGUGCGAGUCGGGGGGGGCUGGAUGGCUCUCGAUGAGUUCUUGGUUAAGAACGACCCCUGCAGAGUUCACCGCCACAGGAAUAAAAUCCUUCGCUCCGACUCCUGCUUCUCAAUUGCAGUGACGGUUACUCCAGGCUACUUCUGCUGCAGAGCCCGCGGACGCACCAAUCUGGAGCUGCGUGAGAAGUUCAUUCUGCCCGAGGGAAUGUCGCAGGGCAUGGCAGCGUUCCGAUCGCGGGGGCGCAAGUCCAAGCCCUCCUCCCGGGCUGCAUCUCCCACCCGCUCCAGCUCCAGCGCCAGCCAGAGCAACCACAGCUGCACCUCCGUGCCGUCGUCCCCGGCAACGCCCGCCAGCGGGAGCAGGACACCGCACACUUACUCUCGCGGUUACGACAAACCCUGGCUGGUUAACAGUAAAAGCUCCACCCCAGGUCAGUUCCCGAGCUGCCCCGACCACCAGAGCCCCUCCGAGGUGACGUCAGGCUCCAAGCUGAAGCGCCCCACUUUCCACUCCAGCCGUGGCUCCCUGACCGGCGAGAACGGGAACCAGGGGACCCCCACGAGUGCCAAAUCCAACCGCAGCGAGUCGAAGCGCGGCGCUUCCUCGGUGAGUCGUCCGUCGAGCCGUGCGGGCAGCAGGGCAGGGAGCCGGGCGAGCAGCCGCAGGGGCAGCGACGCCUCGGACUUCGACCUGCUGGAGACGCAGUCAGCCUGCUCCGACGUGUCCGAGACCAGCGCCUCGGGGGCGACCCGCAGGGGGGGCAAGCCCUCCAAGAUACCCACCAUCUCCAAGAAGACCACCUCACCCUCCUCCUCCUCCUCCACCACCAGCCCCAAGACACCCGGCAACAAGAGAUAAUGCAGAGCAGCAGAGCUCCUGGGAGUCGGAACUGCCCAGGAAAGCCAGGGCAGUUCAUUUAUACAUGAAUACACUGAUAACUCCUGGUCAUUUCCACAGUGAACAAGGGGCGCUCUGAACCCCAGCACUGGCUGCAGCAGCAGGGCUAGUGAGAGUGUCUAACCCUGCUCAAACUCCUGGCUCCUGAUCAUUUCAAUAUUAAUAAUAAUAGACUUCACUGAGGGGAGUUCUGAACCCCAGCACUGGGUGCAGCGGGGCUGGUGUGAGUUUGUAACACUGACUGAUGGAGAGAAGGCCGUGGAUCACGACAGCACACACACUUUAAAGACUUGAGAAAUGGAGAGAGGCAGGCAUGGGGCGACAGACACCCCAGUAAAGGGAGCCGAGGACUAGACAGGACGGCCCCUGUGCAUCGCUCUGCUGUAUUAUUAUAAACACUGACUCGAAAAACAAAAGCAAGCUCCAAAACCUGCUACUGAUUUAUCCCAACGUGGACGACGUGUUACUUUUAAUAAGAACGAGGAUAUUGAUAAUUGCGAUGAUCAAUGUUGAUGCUGCCUUAUCUGUGUUUCUUUAUUCAUUAUUAUUAUUAUUUUUUUGACUCCUUGUGAAUAUUUAUGUAGAUAAAUAAAGCAAGUGUUUUGGUCGGUUUCCCUCGGGGGUCUCGCACCCCCCCCCCUCCUCCUCUCUUUCCACUGCUGUACAAAAAACCACGUGCGUGUGAAUACAGGAAGACAAAGAACAAACACGAGAGGAGAGUUUAGUCAAAAGUAUUAUUUUGUGUGUCUGUGAAUCACGCAGCAGUCAAAAGGAGAGUGCUGCUUACUGACUUGCCUACUGUUAUUUCUUUUUAAUUGAACACAUGUUGUAUAGUUGAAUAAUAUAAUAUGUAUUUAAGGACUCGUGCCCUGAGGACUGCACAAACACAGCAGGACACCUGUAGCGUGCUAGCGUGUGCGUUAGCGUGUGUCUCGAUCGAAGAGGAGAUGUGAACUUUGCACAGUCUGCGUCCGCUGGAAGUUUAGUAUUUGUUUUUUAUUUAAGAAGGAAUAAUAAUAAUAAUAAUAAUAAUAAUUCAAAGGACUAUGAACUCUGCUCUGAAGCGCUGAACUGCUCCCUGUUCAACGGCACCUCUUUUUUCUAGAUGUCACUGUAAACGUCAUCGCUGUGUUCACUGCAACGUGCACUUAACCCUUUUUAUAUGCUUCCCCACCAUGAAACCCCACCGCAUCAGAGCAGACUUGCAGUGAUGUCACACACACACCGUGAUGUCAUACACACACACACACCGUGAUGUCAUACCAUACCAAGAACUCAGAAUGAUUUAAUAUCCUGAGUACUCUACCCAGUGACCCUGCUGCAGGACAAAUUAGAGAAAAAAAACAACUCUUACCCAUACAGAGUGCGUGUGUGUGUGUGUGUGUGUGUGUGUGUGUGUCUAUAUAUAUAUAUAUAGAUUAGUUGAAGCAGUUCUGUUUAAAUGACGGAGCCCUUCCUGGAGGUAUUUUGUUACACAGAGCUGCUUUGUUAAAUGUAAGCUCCAAUUCCUAUUUAUUUUAAGUAUUAUUUCUUACUGAUUUGUGUUGUUCUCGACCACUCUAAGAUUUUCUCUCUCUCUCUCGAUAUCUAUUGACUCUUAGUCCACAGUAGGUUGAUUUUUGUUACAGACCGAAAAACACUUCAGAAAAACAUACUGUAACUUGCGUUAACUCCCGUGUGUGUGAUCACGGUGUUAGCACAGUGGAGUGGGUGGCUGUUCUGAAGUGUGUUUUAUUGCCAUGGGGGGUGCAGAAGGAUCAGCUGCAGGUGUGGCUUCACCACAGAGCUGUGUGAUUCGAAUCUGUUAUUAACCGAGGACGCGAAUGUCAAUGUACCAGUGAACUGUUUAAAUAAAUCAAUAGAUUGGAUAUGGAAGCUUUGGGUUAGGGUUAAAGCUUUUUGUAUUAAAAUAUUGCUUGCAGUA